CUGCAAUCACAAGGGCAGAUAACCUCCCAAAACUUUUAAGGAAGUACACAAGCGAAGAGCCACGAAAGUAAAAGUAGUAGGGCUGGGAACUAAUUUGGAUCACAGACAUUGAACGAGAAAAGCAGCAUUUCAGUUGUUUAGUAAUUGUGCAGGGAAACGCACGUAAUUUACGCUCUCUUUUCCCUGUUUAUUGAAUAAUUAUGUUUGUACAGCAGUAGGCGAAAUCAUGAUGUAAAACGAGAUCUGAGACAGGGUGAAAAUACUCAUAGAGUGCGAGACUGCUAAAAAGUUCUGUUAUAUAGUUGCCAAAGCUCAAGUCGGCGGACUUCCUGGAUUUUGAGCAAAAGGCGGAAGUAGCGAAAAAACAGUAAUCAGUCUACUGGUUUUGCGUUCUAAGUUUGUUAUUUUCGUACUCGGAAUGUUGAAGGGUUGCCUCCACGAACUUGCUGUUUUUUCCCUAUGGGUAGUACUCGUCUUCUGAAACGGAGUUGCACUUUACUUCCCCGUCUUGGACAAUUCGGGCCAAUAAUGAAGGCGAUUUGGGGGGCCCAUUUCGAUUAUUUUACCUCUUUUGUUUGCGUAGCAAGAAAAUGACUUAUUUCUUGCAUUAUAUGUGUCGGUAUACUUGUGCUUUGUGGAUUUCACGAUUCUAAGUUGUUAAAACUGCAUAGACAUGAACCUGGAGUGCUUUGUUCUUUUGUUAUUUGCUACAUAUGCAGCAGCAACAACUUUGAACCUCCAAACAGUGAGCUGUAGGGAGACACCUGUUGUCCAAAAGGAACAAGAAGGUAUUAUUCGCAGCCCACUUUUCAUCUUGCCCCAGCAGUGGUGGAACUGUUCCUGGAUCAUAGUUGUAGCACGAAAUGAAGUUCUUAAUCUCAGUUUUCAGACCUUUGAUCUUCCAUGCAACACAAGCUUGCUGGUGAUUCAGAGUAAAGAACAGAAAAACACGUACAAAUUAUGUGGCAACAAGUACCAAAGGUUUUCAAUACUUCCCAGCAGUAAUGUCACCAUCACAUUCCAUGGCAAAGUCGGUGAAGGCAGAGGCUUCCAGAUUAACUACAGUAAAGCAUCGUUUGAGAGCCCGCCAUGUCAUUCGUAUGAAUUUCAGUGCAGGAAUGGUAAAUGCAUAUCUCAUCGGUUACAAUGUAAUGGUGUAGAUGACUGUAAAGAUCAUUCAGAUGAAGACAACUGUCACAGUGCAAGCUGUGGUGGAAUUUUGGAACAUUUUUAUGGAACGUUUGCAACUCCAGCCUAUGGCAGUUUUAAUCCAUAUCAUAAGGUGGGCAAGAACAACUGCACUUGGACGAUUGACCCUCAUGACAGCCGUCACAUCAUUCUAAAAUUUGUAGGGAUUGACCUGGGUCUUUCUGAUGUAAUUGAUGUGUAUGAUGGUUUAACAGAGGACCCAGAAAGACGAUUGCGAACCCUGGACAGCCUUAAUAAUAACAAACUUGUGACAGUUGAGUCCCUAACCAAUAAAAUGCUGGUUGUGUAUCGCAUGCAAGGUGACAGCAAAGAGAGGGGUUUCAAUGCCACAUAUCAAGUCCAGGGUUACUGCCUCCCAUGGGAGUCACCCUGUGGUGGAGAUGGGGGCUGCUUCUCUGAAGCCCAGCGUUGUGAUGGACUUUGGGACUGUAGCAGUGGUAAAGAUGAGGAGGCCUGUAAUAAGUGCCCCAAAGACCACUAUCCCUGUGGAGGGAAUACUAACAUGUGUUUUAUGAAGAGUGACCGCUGUAACUACCAGACCUAUUGCACUGACAGUGCAGAUGAGAAAAACUGUUGGACAUGCCAGCCUGGGCAUUUCCAUUGUGAUAAUGACCGUUGUAUCUUUGAAACUUGGCUAUGUGAUGGACAGAUGGACUGCAUGGAUCAAAGUGAUGAAAAGAAUUGUUCUUUUGUGCUGCCUCGGAAGGUUAUCACUGCUGCUGUCAUUGGAAGCCUAAUCUGUGGGUUAUUGCUUGUUAUAGCUCUGGGCUGUACCUGCAAACUGUAUGCGAUCCGAUCACAUGAAUACAGACUUCUGUUCUAGGAAACCUUAGGUCCAUUCUGCAGUUGCUGAGACAAGACCCUUCUCAAAAUCACUCCAGUCGUCGUCGCAGAAGGAACCGUCAUGUUAGACGCUUAAUUCGACGAUUGAGAAGAUGGGGUCUGCUUCCCAGGUCCACUUCAAAUUCAUUACACACACAGAGUAAUUCAUCUGGCUCUGGACAAGCAUCUGUAGCUACCUCCUCGGACAUACCAGAGAGUGAUGGCGGCGGUAUACCUGAAGGAGCUACAGGUGUAUCACCUUCAGAAAGUGGUACCAGUGCACAGCCAUUGCCACAGAAAUUCCCUCUUUUAGAUUCUGUGGCCACAUACUAUGAGCAGCCACCAGAUUCAAGGGCCUUAGAGCACCAGCUUGUGGUUCAGAAUUCUGAUACUGGUCAUUCUGAUGCUUCAGUUGUCUCUGAAACCCAGCAUCAGGGAUUACCUUUUAGAUCUGCAGGGUUGUUCUCAAAUCUGCUGCGUAGUCUACGUGAGCGAUUCUUUUCUGUACAUAUUCUUCAGACUGAUGCUCACUCAGAAGUGCCAUGUGAGGCUCAUGCUUGUGGCUUGGAAGAUGAUGAUGAGGUGCUUUUGCUUCCAUUAACAGAUUCGUGGAGAAGUCCAGUGUCGUAUGAGUGUGAUUUAGACUCUCAGGCAGAUGAGGUUUCUCUGGCUGGGCACUGGACAGAUGCCAGCAGAUUGGAGCACCUCAGUGAUGAUGAUUCACUACUUCUAGGAUGAAGUUUUCUUUGAUGCUGAAAACACUGUUGAAGAAGUACAAGCUACUUCUACAAAUGAAAUGUCUGGUUAUUGAAGAUACAGACAUUAUUUUAGCCUUUAUAAUCGAUAAAUGGUGUGAUUGCUUUGUACAAUUCAGUGCUUGCUGGGUUAUUUGAGAGUGAUUUACCAAGGCUUCUCCCAUCUGCAUAGCAAUUAGAUCAUUUAAAUGUUUUAUUCUCCUUUGAAAUCUAAUGGAGCACCUCUUUGCCAUUAUCAAAUUUACUUUUAUGUUUCAGGCUUUUGUAAUAUACAUGGCUGAGAUUUAUGCAUAUUUUCAGACACCUGAUUUUUUUUAGUUGGCUUUUGUUAAAAAAAACAAAAAAUGCUGACUUAGACAUUGCAGCCACAUACACUGCCAGACCAUUUUUGGUAGAUCUGCAGCAGUUCUUUAUAUGGAAUGCUAGGGAGCUUUAGCAAGUGUAACUGUGCUAAUUUAUGGUGUCAUUGUUUGAAUGUACAGAUAAACACAGGUCAAGAGACACUGCUGUAGCAUUUGUCUUCCAUUUGUGUGUGAAAUUUGCAGCAUAUAAUUCAAAUACAAAGCUUUUGAGGUAAGCUUUACAACAGAUGGCAUAGGUCGUGUAGGCAGACUUAUAGUUUUGAAUUAUUUCAUAGGUAAUUUUGCAUUAUGUGAUACACAAGUCAUGUUAUUCCAUGCCAGAAGCAUCUAUGCUUGGAAGUUUGUUGAAGGGAUCGGGAAUAAUAUGCACUGGAAUAAACUACAUCAUAGGCUUUAUGGCUGCCAUUUAACUUCUGCAUUGAAGCAAAAUAAUAUCUUUUUUAACUCCUCUUUAACUCUAGUAUAAUGUACUGAUGCAGUAAAACAGUUAACACUGGAUAUCCUGUAAAUAUGUUACUGUUAGCUACUUGUUCUGUAUGUUGUGAAAAAAAUGAUAUUGCAGAGUGGGUUCCAGAGUAAAUUUGGGUGUGGCCAGAAGCUUCCUUAUAACUAGUCACAAAGGGCAGCACUUGGAGAGCUAGAGUUGUGUUAAAUUAUUCAGAUGAACUGACUGUGUAUUUAGCAUGGACAGAGAGUUUACAGGUACUUGUGGUUUGACUGUGACCCAUUAUCAUUAAGAUGCAUAACAUGUCUGCCUUUUGUCAGGUAUCUUAUUGCUAGAGUCCAUGCUAGUUGUAAUCAUGGUGUCUGGGGUUUCCACCACCAUAAAACGAUUACAUAUCCCUGGUUUAGAAGAUGGUAAACCGCACAAACCAAGGACUGAAAUAGAUUACUGACACGCUUUCCAGAGAUUGUGAAAGUAAGCAGUUAUUAGGAGAACUGCCAUUCUAGGUGAAUCGAGAGAAUUUCAAAAAGUGUCUCAUUCUACGGCCAUAAAUAAUCAUCUCUAGAUAUGUGAGCUUAGUUUGUUUUGCUGCUUAGCUGAACAUUAUCAGAGGUCUGCGUGACACAUUGAUGCUUAGAACUGUUCAUAUUUACUUUUCAGGUUUUGUAAAAUACACUCAAAGCAGUGUUUUUGAUGACUUACUAUAAAACAUGCAUGUGGGAAGGAUACAUUCCCAUUAUAAGGUAAGUCUGGAAGAGUGAACACAAGACUUUAGAAAGUGAACGGUCCAAUACCUGCACCUUAACUGUUCUGGGACUGUGUUUAAUAUAUGGUCUUGUACUUACUUGUGUCCUUAACUGAAUAGUGCUAACCCAGUUUUUGACUUUUAAACUGUUAACCAGACGUGUACGUUUCGGUCUUUCUUUGUAUAGUAGUGUAUUUAGAUCCUUACUAAGCAGCUUUUUUUUGAAAGAGAAUGAUGGCACAUUUCUUAAUACUAGCUCCAUUUUAUUAAGGACACAGACAAGAAUCUCCUUCCCUAAAAUGUACAUUAAUUUUUGAUUAGGAAGUUAGUAGUCUUUCUCAUUGGUACAUGCUGCAUUUUGCAGAGACUUGUCUUCUGCAGUUGUUUUCUUGAAACAUUGUCACACAAGAACAGAUUCCCCAUGUAUAGCAAGAGUGACCAGGAGAGUGUCACAAAAGUAACUGCUCACCCAGCAAGUUUCAAUGAAAAUAGCUGUGUGGCAAAGGACUGCACAUGUUAAAGUGUGGUUUGUUGACAGCAGAUUUUGGGUGAGUGUGUAGUGAUAGCUUACAGAUAUUUGCUUUUAUAUUGCUGAUAUGUUUUUUUCCACUGUAGAACUAAGCAGUGCUGCUGAUCACCACACACAGAAUUAGUUGGCUCCAACCUUACCAUCUAGUGCCACAUUGUAACGGCAGUCUUGGAUGCAGUUAUGUUGCAUCCUUUUCAUUAUUGGAGUACCACAUUACAGCUGAAAAAGAAAAAACUUCCUUCCCAGAAUGGGCAAGUGGACAAAAUGCUGGUCCCUCCCUUAGCAGACUUUUUUUAAAUAAGUGUAAUGGAUUGUCUGUAGUACAGUAUGUGUAGUGAUAAAAAGAAAACAUACAUUUCUCACCAAUUUUUGAAGAAACAUGUAUUUUUUGUUUGGUAUACUCAAGAGAUUUACCACUAAUAUAUAUUUUUUUGUGGUCUGCUUGUUUGCAGUGGCAUGAAACCAUCACAUUGACAUAGUUAUAGUAAUGCAAGGGGGACUCUAAAUCAUACAUGAAUCUAUGUGUUUCUUCCUUUAGAUUAAUUUAACCUUUAAACCUUCACAGACUAGCGUUUGAUGUAUUAUCAGUAAUGAUAUUUCUAGAUCUAUUUUCUUUAUGUAAACUGAUUAAAAGUAAGCUGUUUGGGCCUUUUUGGUAAUUACUAGUGGACUUAUAGGUGCUUAUUCAUUAGCAAUAUGUUACUAUAGUUCUCUUUCUGUAAUGGCGAAGUAUUUCAUGCAUUUCACCAUGGAGGUUUUAGACUGUUUUCAUGCUUUAGUAAAUCAUUUAAGAGAAACAGAAGCAGCAUAUUUCUGGUGCAAAUAAAACAUCAUUUUGCCAACUCUAUACAAACUUGAAGUCUGAGCAAAAUGGUAGGUAAUAAAGCUGGUAACGUCUGGCAUUUAGAGUGGCUCAGAACUUAUCAGACAUCUGAAUAACCAGGUAUUAAUCCAGACUGCAGUCCACAUCCCUACUAAACCCAGUCCCUUAAAUUAAUUGUGCUCCAGUUUCUGCAUGACUUCUGAGAUUAAACAAGUAUUGUAUGCUGGAACUAAUUUAAGCCCCUUUGUGCACAAGCAGACAGUUUCUGUUGCUUUCACCAGUGGCAAACACUGAUGGAUUGGAAAAGAACAGUAGCAUCUUUCUAGCAAACUUUGCACAUACUGUAAUAUAUUUUGAACUACAAAACAGUAAAUGCACUUUAUUUCUGCCACUGUACCAGCAUGUUUGUAUUUAGUUUUAGCUUAUUUUGUGUAAUUUUAGUUAUUGAAAAUGUACAGUAAGGUCCCCAUAUUGUGCCUCUCUAAGCAGACAUUGAGACAUUUUUAAACAACAGAAUCAGAGCAGUGUUCUGUGGUUUCUUAUAGAUGAAUCAGCUUUGAGGCAUUUUAUCUCAUGUUGUAUGCUUGUUUAUGUGAGUUGUCCUUGAGGGGAGGUGGGUGAUCUUGUAUAACUGUACUGUUGAGUGGGAGUGGCAUAUAAAGCCCAACAUGAAUGUGUGGGUCUGCAGGAUGUGUGUGUGUGUGGGUAUAGUUUAGUCUGAAGGGAGCUAUCCUUCUGUAAAUAUGCAUAAAAAGCACAAUUGUGUUGCAAUGGUAGUUAAUCAUUUCCAUGCAGUGGGGGGGGGGGGGAGUAAAUGAUGCAUAAUUAUCUUCUGCUUUCAUGUGAUUAACUCAUGUUAAUCACCAAAGGCCGUCCAGUGGAAAAUGCUGUGGAAUAAAUCCGGGGAGCCAAAACCGUCAGUAAAAGAAGUUUAAUCACUCAGUUCAGUAAAGCCAGUUUCCAGCACAACACAAGAUAGUUACCUUGUGUUGUGUUGGAAAUUGGUUUUACUGAACUUAGUGGUUAAACAUCUUUUAUUGACUUCUGGCUUCCCAGAUUUACCUUGUGUUAUGUGGAAAUUGGUUUUACUGAACUGAGUGAUUAAACAUUUUUUAUUUGCUAAAUAAGAAAAAUGUAACACCAAAGCAUACACAGGAGCGAAAAUGGCACACAGUUCCACAGUUCCAUGAGAAAAGGUUUAACUGCCAAAUCCACGGAUAAAAUAGUCUGAAGAAGCCUAUGGGUGAAAGCGCUUACUUGUGCAUGCAAUAAACCUUUUAAACAUCUUUGGAGGAGUUUAUUUUAUCCGUGGAUUUGGUCAUUAAACCUUUUCUCGUGGAACUGUGUGCCAUUUUUGCUCCUGUGUAUGCUUUGGUGUUGCAUUUUUCUUAUUUAUACUGUUUGGAGCACAGGAGCGUUUAUCCCUCUGGUGGUCUCGUUUUUGUUAUUUUUUAUUGGCUGUUUUGGCUUCCUGGAUUUAUUCCACAGCAUUUUCCACUGGACGGCCUUUGGUGGUUUACAAGUUUCUUUUUUGGGUCACUUUUGUACACACUGUUUUUUGUUGUACUUAUUAACUCAUGUUAAACCCCAAACCCUGAUGUGUCUUAGCUAACUUUUUUUGCAAAAGAAUAUAUCAAAAUAUUUUAAAUAAUGCUACCAGCUUUGUCUUUUUUUUUUUUUUUUUGCUUUAUUCACAGACAUGUAUCUUGCAUUCGGCACCUUUUUUUUAUAUAUAUAUAUAUAUAUAUAUAUAUAUAUAUAUAUAUAUAUAUAUAGCAUAACUAGAUGUGUUCUAAUCUUGGUGUUUUUAAUAAGCAUUUGUCUGGAGCACUGGGGCCAUUAGGUUGCUUAGGUUACACAAGCAUUUGCUAAACAUUAGUUGAAUUCCAUGAAAGAGGGCUUCAUUUUGCUGUCAAGUGUUGCAUUGCUGGAACAGUGCGAUUUUCAGUUAUGUGAUCUAUCGGACUGUAAAUUAUUAGUACAUAAAUCAUAUAUCAGAAUCUGCAGCCAGAUUAUUUUGGAUAAAUGUUAUGGACUUUUAUAAUCUGAUAAUUUCCCUGUAAAUUUGUAAAAAUAAAAUGGAUUUCUGUCUGAA